UUUCCUCUGUGCUUGGCAGGGAGGCUUCUAUUUAUUUCUCUCCCUCCCUCUUUCUCUCUGCUCUCUCUCUCUCUCUCUCUCUCUCUCUCUCUAUUUUGCUGACAAAAACACACACAGGCAGGAGGGCUCGCUCCCUCAAACUCACUCAGCCUGCACCAUGCUGCCCUGGAGAAGAAGUAAGUUUGUUCUCGUGGAGGAUGAGGCCAAGACAAAGCCUAAGAGCCUUGGAGUGGGGCUGACCUACCAGUCCAUCAUCUCCUCCCUGGUGCGCUCCUGUCCCGACCUGCUCCCUGACUCCACUCCCUUUGACUGGCUGGGCUCCGUUUUCCAGAGCAAGAGGCAGACGGUAGAGCUCAAUAAAGAGGAGCACACCUACAACGUUCGUUACCUGGGAAGCAUCGUCACCAUCACAGCUAAAGGAGGAGGCUGCACACAGGACCCUGUGGCUAAGAUCUGGCAAAGGAGUAACUACGGAGAGCAGAGCGUCAAGAUGAUGUUAACAGUGGGUCUUCAGGGCAUCCGGAUGGGCACAGACAAGACAGGCAAGAAGAAGCCCACCCACCUAUACUCUCUGAACCGGAUCACCUGCUGCACAGCUGACCCCUGCCGGCCCAAGAUCCUAGCCUGGAUCUACAGACAUCAGGUCAAGAACAAGGCAGUGGUUCUCCGGUGCCAUGCCGUUCUGGUCAGCAAGUCAGAGAAGGCCAGGGCCAUCGCACAUAGUCUCUACCAGACGUCCACCUCAGCCUUCAGUGAGUUCAAGCGGCUGAAGAGGCAGAGUGAUUUCAGGCACUGCCAACAGCAGCUGCUGGGGGAGGACAUGGUGCCGCUGAUGCCUCUGAGGAAGCUGCUCAACGGGCAGUGCCACUACCGGCCACCUGCCGACAGCCCUGGAGGCCCCAGCACCACCCGUCUCUGCUCCAUCACAGAGGAGGAAGAAGAGGAGGAAGAGGUGGAGGAUGAGAAGGUGGAGGAAGAAGGGUAUGAGGGAGAUGAAGAAGCUCUAAAGGACACUGACCUAACUCAGUCAUAUGGGUCAUGUGAGAUGAGCCUUGGGGACAUAGUUAAUGGACUGGACAGGUGCUAUAUCAACAUCAACAUAAGCAUCAGCGACAGUAACAACAACACAUUGACAUUUGUCAGUUCUCUAGUGUGAGAGGAGAGUACGUGGAUAUGGUGUCAUAUUACCACAGAGCCAUAUUCGUCCUCUUCUCCUUUCACUGGUCACCUACUUUCCCUGGCUCUUUCCUGUUGUCCACAAUUUGCAGUGUCUGUCAGGGAAGUUCUCCUCCAGUGCUCUUCUGGGUCAAGGAAGGAAGAAAAUCUCUGUUUGGGAAAGGAAUAUAUUUUUUCAGACGGCUCAGACAGACUCUGGUUUGUCCAUUUCAAUUUACUGUAACAAUUUGGUGAGACUGAGUGUUUUACAAUGAGGGUUGUGUGAGAGACGGAUAAUAGCACAAUUAAAAUGGGAACAAUUUCCGAGACUUUUGAGAGAACUAACACUGAGCUCGUCAUAGUACUGCCAGGUCUCACAUAUCACCCAAACCCAAAUUGUGUUUACGUCUCUGUGUAACUUGAUAUUUUGUAAAUACAGUGUUUUAAGGUACGCACAUUUUGAUGGACUUGUACUUUUUUCAGAGAGGUUGUUUAUAUGAAAAAUAUGUAAACUUUCUACUAAGACCGUCUGUAUAAUGUGAUUUUUCCACAGUUGACCUUUCUGAGUGCGUUCAACCCCGAGCAGAAGUUUAAUACAGUUUUACAACAGCAUAACUCCGGCAGAUGAAUGAAUUAGGCUAUAAUUUGGAAAUCAAGCCAUUGAGUUGACAUGUUUAUUGCUGCCAUUUGUUAAAGCCCCACGUAUUAUUCAUAUCCACAGUGACAUUUAAUGCUGAGUCUUUUGUCUUUCUCAAUGAGACGCCUUUGAUCUCACGGCUGUUGUUAUGUGAUAUCUCCACACUGUGAUACAUUUGUGACCAAGGAGACAAAUGAGAGUAUGCACAAAUAUGUGUCUUUUUCGAACAUUUGUUGUUUUACCUAUAAACAAAACAGAGAUACAUGCCCCCUGAGUGUGUAUUAUAUUUCUAUCAGCUGGAUUAAGGAUGUGUUUGCAUGAUUGCCGGACCUUUUUCCUCUCAAAAUGGCAGACACACUGAGAAAAGAAAGAUACUGUUUCUAGCAGGUGAAGGAACCAGACCACAAAAUAUUUUGACUAUUCUUUGAUCUAAUUUCCUAAAGAUUGAGUCUUUACUAUUUAACAAAAACAUUGUGAUUAUGAUCUUUGUUACAUCUACAUGAAAUUAAGCUAUUGUGUAAUAAGUAAUAAAAAAUACCCUCAGAAUUUCA